GAUUCACAAAGAAAACCCCAUUGAUUGAUUAUCGCUCGCGGCGCAGAACACAUAACGAAGAGAAAUCAAGCAGAAUUGCCACAAUGUCGACGGCAGAGAAGAGAGUGAUCACCCUGAAGAGCAGCGACGGCGAGUCGUUCGAAGUGGAGGAAGCCGUGGCGAUGCUGUCCCAGACGAUCAAGCACAUGAUCGAGGACGACUGCGCCGACAACGGCAUCCCUCUCCCCAACGUCACCGCCAAGAUCCUGGCCAUGGUGAUCGAGUACUGCAAGAAGCACCACGGGUCUCCCAAACCUGACUACGCCGGCGCCGUGGAGGACGAAGCUCUGAAAACUUGGGACAAGAAGUUCGUGAAGGUCGAUCAGGACACCCUGUUCGACCUAAUCCUGGCUGCCAAUUACUUGAACAUCAAGGAGCUUCUGGAUCUGACCUGCAAAACCGUGGCGGACAUGAUGAGCGGAAAGACACCGGAGGAGAUCAGGAAGAUUUUCAACAUUAAGAACGAUUAUACUCCUGAGGAAGAAGCAGAGGUUCGCAGGGAGAACCAGUGGGCGUUUGAAUGAAGCCUGGUAGUAUAGUAUUAGUAGCAGCAUUAUUACUGCGGUAUUAGGAUAUUUUUGUCGGAGGAAUUCUUAGUGAACAUUUGAUUUGAGGUUUGUGAGUUGAAUUUUUAUUAUUUUGAUUUAGUGAAUGAUUUUGUGCAAUUAUCAACUGGUCUGCCAAUUUUGAGAUCAGGCAUGCUGUUCUUGUAGGAGCAUUUAGCAGUCACGAUCACGAAGCCGCCGCGAUAUCUCUAACAAGCUGACAUGAACUCGUCGUGCUUCCCCUUCCUUUCGACGCUACGGUGUUUGCAUUCAUGUGGUUGUGGUGUGCAUUUGGUGCAAAGUAGUAGGCAUUGAGCAGUAUCUUGCGGCGUUCGAAAAGAACGAACCCUUGAAACUUCAGUGAAUCCAACAAGCAUGAAAGAAACACAACAGAAUGUG